GUACGUAACUACGAUGAACCCGGAACAAGUCGCUCCUGGAGUAGCUGCCAAACAAUCGACAAGGAUAAUGAUUGGCGAACCCAGAGGCGCUCCGCUCGGAUCGGAUAUGGUCGUGACAGGGGGCAGCAUUGGCAUUAUUCACGUGUGGGGAGAUAGGAUAUACAACACAAACAGGACCAGGAGACUGAACCCGAAACAGCGAAGGUGUCUUUUUUCCGACGAGAGUACCACUGGAAUGGGCACAAAAUACUACCUGCGGAGAAAUUGCAAGGCAGCAUGUUACAUGAAUCACAUGGUCCAUCACUGCGGCUGUUAUUUGGAGUUCAUGUUCGGCCUCAUGCAUCGUAAGUACCGUCGUUAAAAAAAAUUUCACACGAAAAUAAUAAGUACCAAACGUCCAAACUUAUAUUUGUCGUAA